AUGGAGAAUAAAAGGAGGAGGAGAGAAGCAUUCACUUACUGGCUGCUCAUGCUAAGUGUGUUUGCACUUAGUGAAAUACAGGCAGAGGAAAACAAAACGAGCCAAGCACAAGACCCUACCCAUGUGGAAAAAAGCCCUGAAGGACAUAAAACACUGCAAGGCCACCACAGGCAUGAGGGUCAAUACAUUGCAGUGGGUACAAAACAUUCUGUCUUCAACUUCACCCUAAUUCAUAUUAUCGAUGAUGUGCAUGUGUGUGCCUUUGAUAAACAGAGCAAGCAACUUGUAUUCAAUGAAGCAUGGAUCGCCAAGGCACUAGGAAGAGACUUCAUUGAGGAGAAGAAGGAAGCUAUUUUAAAUGUUCAAUUGAUUUUCCGUUGGCUCUUCAGGGCCAUUGUACAAAAUGACACCAAGAGUGAGAAGAAUCACACAUUACAGCUCUUUGCAGACUGUGACGUGGAUAAUGACAUUGAGAUUGGCAGCCAUAUCCGGUUUGCCGUAGAUGGCGAAGAUUUUAUGAAGAUAGAUGAUCAGACUAAUGACUGGACUGUCAUGAAGCCUGAAGCAGAGCGCUUCCAAUCCUUGGCAAAAAGUAACUUAGGGAGCAACAUAAGAGAGAAGGCUAUGAAGAAAUAUUGUUUUGGCAUGAUGAGGACAAUCCUACACUACUCAAGCAUGAAGGAGAAUGUGGCCCCUGAGGUGACUGUGUCCCGCCAUGAUGCUCCAGAUGGCAGAGUCACCUUCAACUGCACAGCCACAGGCUUCUACCCUCGCUCUAUCCAGCUGCAUUGGGAGAAGGAUGGGCAGCUGGGUGUGUGGGGGCAAGAGAGCUCCAGUGGCACCUUGCCCAAUGCUGAUUCUACCUUCUACCUUCAAAUAUCACUGGAACUUCCUCUUGGUGAUUCAGGGACAGGUUAUACCUGUGUGGUGCAGCACAGUAAGCUGCAGAUUCCAGCUGUGUAUCAUGUCCCUGAGAAGCCCACUGUGAAGAGGCCAUGGGUCAUGGCCUUGGGUCUCCUAAUAGUUAUCAUUCUGGUGCUGAGCUGUGCUGGGGCCUUUAUCAUAUGGAAGAAGAAGAAAACAGGUCACAGGACCCAUGAGCAAGCUGCACUGGAUGGUAAAGUGACCCUGUAA